UGCCCCGGGGUCUUCCUUGGCGUGUCAGGGGGCGAAGCUAGGCUAACCGCGCGCGCGCGCCGUCCGUCGCUCUGUGUAUCUCUGUGGACAUCAAGCUGUUCUUCCUUCCUGAGUGUUAUCGGGGCUGGUGGUUCGAGUCCCAGCUGUGUCUCCCGUCCGGACGGUUUCUUUGACAUGCCUCCGCGGUGGUUCCGAAGCUAAAACCGCCGACGUUGACCGUAAAGAACAGCUGUGACCUGCUCACACCUCACCUGUGGCUUUAUUAGAUCCGCAUGAGGAUUCUGGAUUAUAAACUGAAGACCAAACUCAUCUUUUAAGGUGGAACCACUUGAAGGUGUUGUUUUUGCUCAAAGAAAUCCAUGCAUUUGGUCAAUUUAGCUUCAUCUUUGAGGUAGAGAUGACGUCAGAGGAUCCAAACGUCUGAAGGCUCCCUUUCGGUGUGUAGGGCCUCUCCGUAGCGAGCGCCAUGUCUUCUGAACUGCUGGUCGACGUGGGCGAAGACCCGGCAACCGAUCAGCUGGGACAGCUGAAGCUGGCCCCCAUGGAGGACCAGCAGUGGCCCCCGGACGAGCUCCCACUCAGCAAGUCAGAUACCCACCUGUCGGAGGGCUUCGAUGCCAGCUCUCCUCACCUGCCGUGGGACCACCCCUUCUACGACAUCGCACGCCAUCACAUCAUAGAAGUGGCCGGUGACGACAACUUCGGCAGGAAGGUGAUCGUUUUCAGCGCCUGCAGGAUGCCGCCGCAGCACGAGCUGGACCACCACAAGCUGCUGAUGUACCUGAAAGCUACGCUGGACCAGUACGUGGAAAGCGACUACACUCUCAUCUACUUCCACCACGGGCUGACCAGUCUGAACAAACCGUCCUUGGGCUGGCUCCGAGACGCCUACAAGGAGUUUGACAGGAAGUACAAGAAGAACAUCAAAGCGCUGUACAUCGUCCAUCCAACCCUGUUCAUCAAGACUCUGCUGGUUCUCUUCAAGCCCAUCAUCAGCCUGAAGUUCGGCAGGAAGAUCAACUACGUGAGUUACCUGAGCGAGCUGGAGGACGUGGUGAAGUGCGAGCAGCUGCUGAUCCCCCAGCGAGUCCAAGAGUACGACGACAAGCUGAGGGCCUCUGCCAAGCCGAGCUCACCGCCCCCCAUGUCCCCUCCCCGUAGCCCCCCCCUGCCCAACCAGGUGUUCGGGGUGCCGCUGUCCCAGCUGAGGCAGAGGAGCCCGGACGGAGACCCCGUUCCCAUGGUGAUGAAGGACACCAUCAACUUCCUGUCAGAGCAAGGUGUGGAGAUCGAGGGCAUCUUCAGGCGCUCCGCUAACGUAACUCUGGUUAAGGAAGUCCAGGCCAAGUACAACUCAGGCGAGCCGGUGAAUUUCCGCGACAUGGAGGACGUGCACCUGGCCGCAGUCAUCCUGAAGACCUUCCUGAGGGAACUGCCCGAGCCGCUGCUCACCUUCCAGCUCUACAACGACAUCGUCAACUUCGGCUCGUUGUCAAGCGACUGUCGGGUGGAGGUGAUGAAGACCAUGCUGGAGUCUCUGCCUGAGGAGAACUACGCCUCGCUGCGGUACCUCAUCACCUUCCUGGCUCAGGUAUCGAACAACAGCGAGGUGAACAAGAUGACCACCAGCAACCUGGCGGUGGUGUUCGGGCCCAACCUGCUGUGGGGGCGUGACAACGCCAUGACGCUCAGCGCCAUCGGCCCCAUCAACAACUUCACCAUGACGCUGCUGGACCAGCAGCACCUGGUCUUUCAGUAACGGGGCCACACUCCAAAAAAAAAACGUUCUUCCUGUCCUGUUUUUGAGUCAAGACGGUUGUUUCGGCGUCCAUCCGUCCAGGGUCUUCGCUGCAGGAGGCGGGACUUUGUUUUACUGCAUGAUUCCCCUCCCCCCCCACCUGCUGGUACGAACCGACCAACGCUCACACGUUCCUCCCAGAUUCUUCCGUUCCGCCAAAGUUGUUCCCCAAUUUCACCUCCAGGCUCUUAUUUUGUAGUAUUUAAUUCCUUUCAUUGAAAUAUCGUAUUUUGUUUCUCUGUGGCCUUAUUUUUAUUUUAUUUUUUCAAAUUUUGAGACAUAAACGAACCUCAAGUGAGACCACGUCAUUCCGCGCUUUUAUUGUGAAGGGCCAGACGAGUUCAUGAUCGCCCCAGAAGAGUGCCAAACCGAAGGGGGGCGGAGCUCCGAGUUUGUGUCUCAGUGAAGAACUCAGGUGUGACCUUUCGCUGCAGACAAUCUGUGCUUGAAACAAGGCGGGUCUUUUUUCUUCCUCUUUUAUAAUCGUCUUCAUUCCAGAUUUGUGUGGUCUGCCGGAGCUGUGGUGCAGCGGCGGCCGGUGGUGAAGUCGCUGCUUCUCGCCGCGGUUUGGUUGCGUCUGAAUCGACCUCCAGCCGCCGCACUUUGAUGUAUUUGGCGUCGGCCUUACGUCUCUUCUCGCCGUGUUUGAGUUUGUCCAAGUUGUCGGGUCCUCUUGACGCCGCCUCACUUGAAGCAGCCGGUCGUUGGACUCGAGCGUUUACCGAAGCCUGAAGCACUUCCUGUUUGUUCGGCGCCGUUUCCGGCAGGGAUGGUCUGUCCGAAGCUGCUCUUCUGUCGCUCUGCACUACACUACAGCUUCUCUGCUUUUAGAGCGUCAUUCCUGGAGUCCUGAAGCCAAGUCGGUGUGGAGAAAAAAAACACGUCAAAGUUUUUCGGGUUUGAAACGAGAUAAAACGUGAAUCCGAUCAAAAGUCAAGAAGUUUCUCCAAACUGUUUGUGAUCGCCAUGGCGACGAGAGCUCCUAGCUGUCAUUCCAGAUUUUUUUUUUACCAAACCAGAGAGUUCAUGACAUCACUGUCACGCCCCUCCCAAGUGGGCGGAGCUUCCUGAGUCUGACAUCCCCCCCAGACCCAAAAAAAAAAGGAAAAAGAAAUCCUGUGAGUCACAGCAAAGCUGUGUUUGUGUAUGUGUUUGUGUGGAAAAAAACAGCAAAAACAGGACUUUGUUGGUGAUUAUUAAAAAAUAAAUAUCCCUGGUGAUUGUUUUAACGAGUCGUUCUGACCGGAUUUUAAUCAAAAGCCAUUCAAACGGUCAAAAUGAUCAAAGAAAAUCUUAAAGAUUCACCUUUGACCUGUGUAAGUAUGUGAGUGUAUGUGGGUGUGUGUGUGCAUGACAACAGGAAGCUGUACUUGUGCUGAUUUGUGUCAAUAAAGGUCCAUUCAAACUCCUGUAGUGUCAAAAAAAGGGAGCCAAAAAUAUUUUUAGAAAAGUUUUCCUUGAUUUGGUCGCAGGUGCGAUAGCUGUCGUCAUGACGACGAGCGGCCGCCGUCUCCUGUCUGCAUCCUGUAAUCUGACUACAUUUGUACCUUGCUCCUGAAUUGGUGGCGUAACUUUAUCGGAGUGUAACCCCCCCACCCCCGACCCAGCGGGUUCCGCUGCGCUGUGACGCGGUGAUCUUUGUACUGUAAUCGUUGUCAUGGUGACGGUGGGCACUGAUGCUGAUUUGUUGAUCCUUGCUGGUGUUCUUCAACCUCUUUUCUUACAGACCGUGGUGUGGAGCUUCUUCUUGUUGGUUCAUAAGCUGUAAUAUCAAUGUAACAAUAAAUGUCAACAGCG